GGGGGACCUUGGGGAUUCCGUGAGGAGGGCACACAAUGGCAGUGCCCCGCGAGGCCGCCCGAGUCCGAGACAAGCCAGGCCACGGUGGGGUGCAUCCAGCCCCCGCCGCGGGCCGGGACUACCCCGCUCGCCCCGGCGCCGCACCGCCGCGGGACUCCGGCAGCCGCGGCCGCUGGAGAGACCUGGUGCUGCAGCCGCUCCGGCGCUCCCGGAAACUUUCCUCAGCGCUGUGCGCCGGCUCCCUGUCCUUUCUGCUGGCCCUGCUGGUGAGGCUGGUGCGCGGGGAGAUCGGCCGGGACCCGGAGCAGAGUAAGGAGGUGGCGGCUGCGGCGGCGGAGGAAGCGGCCCUGGGAGCAGAAGGGGGCGUCUUCCCCGGGCUUCGGGGAGGUGCUCCCGGGGGCGGCGCGCCGCUCAGCCCCUGGCUGCAGCCUUCGGCGCUGCUCUUCAGUCUCCUGUGUGCCUUCUUCUGGAUGGGCUUGUACCUCCUGCGCGCCGGGGUGCGCCUGCCUCUGGCCGUCUCACUGCUAGCAGCCUGCUGCGGGGGGGAAGCGCUCGUCCAGAUUGGGCUGGGCGUCGGGGAGGAUCACUUACUCUCGCUCCCGGCCGCGGGGGUGGUGCUCAGCUGCUUGGCCGCCGCGACAUGGCUGGUGCUGAGGCUGAGGCUGGGCGUCCUCAUGAUCGCCUUGACUAGCGCGGUCAGGACCGUGUCCCUCAUUUCCUUAGAGAGGUUCAAGGUCGCCUGGAGACCUUACCUGGCGUACUUGGCCGGCGUGCUGGGGCUCUUCCUGGCCAGGUACGUGGAGCAAAUCUUGCCGCAGCCCGCGGGGGCGGCUCCGAGGGAGCAUUUCGGGUCCCAGCUGAUUGCUGGGACCAGGGAAGAUAUCCCAGUAUUUAAGAGGAGGAGGCGGUCCAGUUCCGUGGUGUCCGCCGAGAUGUCCGGCUGCAGCAGCAAGUCUCAUCGGAGGACCUCCCUACCCUGCAUACCGAGGGAACAGCUCAUGGGGCAUUCAGAAUGGGACCACAAGCGAGGGCCAAGAGGAUCACAGUCUUCAGGAACCAGUAUUACUGUGGAUAUUGCCGUGAUGGGUGAAGCUCAUGGUCUCAUUACCGACCUCCUGGCAGACCCUUCUCUGCCCCCCAACGUGUGCACAUCCUUGAGGGCCGUGAGCAACCUGCUCAGCACCCAGCUCACCUUCCAGGCUAUUCACAAGCCCCGCGUGAAUCCUGUUAUUUCCUUCAGUGAAAACUACACCUGUUCUGAUUCUGAAGAAAACUCUGAAAAAGACAAGCUGGCUAUUCCCAAGCGUCUGAGGAGGAGUUUGCCUCCUGGUUUGUUGAGACGUGUUUCAUCAACUUGGACAACCACCACCUCAGCCACAGGCCUACCCACUUUGGAGCCUGCCCCAGUCCGGAGGGACCGUAGUGCCAGCAUCAAACUGCAUGAAGCACCUUCAUCAAGUGCUGUUUGUCCUGAUUCUUGGAAUAACCCAGUGAUGAUGACCCUCACCAAAAGCAGAUCCUUCACUUCGUCCUAUGCUGUUUCUGCAGCUAACCAUGUAAACUCAAAAAAGCCAAAUCGACCAGGUGCCCUAGCUAAAAUUUCACCUCUUUCGUCGCCCUGUUCCUCACCUCCCCAAGGGACCCCCGCCAGCAGCCCAGUCAGCAAAAUUUCUGCAGUGCAGUUUCCAGAAUCUGCCAACACAGCUGCCAAACAGGGCCUAAGUUCUCACAGGGCAUUAACUUAUACUCAGAGUGCCCCUGACCUAUCUCCUCAGAUCCUCCCUCCACCUGUUAUAUGUAGCAGCUGUGGCAGGCCAUAUCCCCAAGGGACCCCUGCUGCUGUGCCCCUGGAGAGAAGCAGUGCCGCCAUUCGGACACCAAGCAGAACGGAUGACACUACUCAAGUUACCUCUGAUUAUGAAACCAAUAACAACAGCGAUAGCAGUGAUAUUGUACAGAAUGAAGAUGAGACCGAGUGCCCGAGAGAGCCUCUAAGGAAAGCUUCGGCUUGUGGCACCUACACGUCUGAGACCAUGAUAUUCCUGGACAAACCAGUUCUUGCUCCUGAACCUCUUGUCAUGGAUAACUUGGACUCAAUUAUGGAGCAGCUAAAUACUUGGAAUUUUCCAAUUUUUGAUUUGGUGGAAAAAAUAGGAAGAAAAUGUGGCCGUAUUCUUAGCCAGGUAUCAUACAGACUUUUUGAAGACAUGGGCCUCUUUGAAGCUUUCAAAAUUCCAGUUAGGGAAUUUAUGAAUUAUUUUCAUGCUUUGGAGAUCGGAUACAGGGAGAUUCCUUAUCAUAACAGAAUCCAUGCCACUGACGUCUUACAUGCUGUUUGGUAUCUUACUACACAACCUAUUCCAGGCCACUCAACUGUGAUUAAUGAUCACGGAUCAGCAAGUGAUUCAGAUUCUGACAGUGGGUUUACACAUGGACAUAUGGGAUAUGUAUUCUCAAAAAUGUAUAAUGUGCCUGAUGAUAAAUACGGAUGUCUCUCUGGAAAUAUCCCUGCCUUAGAGUUAAUGGCCCUGUAUGUAGCUGCAGCCAUGCAUGAUUAUGAUCACCCAGGAAGGACUAAUGCUUUCCUGGUUGCAACUAGUGCUCCUCAGGCGGUGCUCUAUAAUGAUCGUUCGGUUUUGGAGAACCAUCAUGCAGCUGCUGCAUGGAAUCUUUUCAUGUCCCGGCCAGAGUACAACUUCUUAGUUAAUCUUGACCAUGUGGAAUUUAAGCAUUUUCGUUUUCUCGUCAUUGAAGCAAUUUUGGCCACUGACCUGAAGAAACAUUUUGAUUUCGUAGCCAAAUUUAAUGCCAAGGUUAAUGAUGAUGUUGGAAUAGAUUGGACCAAUGAAAAUGAUCGUCUACUGGUUUGUCAAAUGUGUAUAAAGUUGGCUGAUAUCAAUGGGCCAGCUAAAUGUAAAGAGCUCCAUCUCCAGUGGACAGAGGGUAUUGUCAACGAAUUUUAUGAACAGGGUGAUGAAGAGGCCAGCCUUGGGUUACCAAUAAGCCCCUUCAUGGACCGUUCUGCUCCUCAGUUGGCCAAUCUUCAGGAAUCCUUCAUCUCUCACAUUGUGGGUCCUCUGUGCAACUCCUAUGAUUCAGCAGGACUAAUGCCAGGGAAAUGGGUGGAAGACAGUGAUGAGUCAGGAGAUACUGAUGACCCAGAAGAAGAGGAGGAGGAGGAAGAAGCACCAAAUGAAGAGGAAACCUGUGAAAAUAAUGAAGCUCCAAGAAAGAAAACUUUCAAAAGGAGGAAAAUCUACUGCCAAAUAACUCAACACCUCCUGCAGAACCACAAGAUGUGGAAGAAAGUCAUUGAAGAGGAACAGCGGUUGGCGGGCAUAGAGAGUCAAUCCCUGGACCAGUCACCCCAACAGCAUUCCUCAGAACAGAUCCAGGCCAUCAGGGAAGAAGAGGAAGAGAAAGGGAAGCCAAGAGGAGAGGAGAUCCCAACCCUGAAGCAAAACCAGUGACGAUGGAUAUAAUGAGCUGUGUUUCCCAACAGUGACUUGUCACAGACUCUUUUCAAGCCAGCACAACACUUAGACACAACACUGUAGAAAUACAAGAAGAUGGGCAAACAGCUAUUGCAUUUGGGAAUUCUUCGCAUUUUAUGUGUUUAUUUUUACAGUGAGGUACAUUGUUAAAAACUCUUGCUCGGAGAAGCUUUCACAUUUGCAACACCAGCUUCCAAGGAUUUUUUUAAAGGAAGAAGUAUAUAUGUGUGUGUGUAUAUAAGCUCGCACGUAGAUACAUGUAAAACAUAUUCACACACAUACACGCACAUGCACACUGAAAGCCAGGGUUACUGGCUCCACACUUUAGUAACAUUCAUAUUAAGAUAUAUAGUGGUCACUGUGAUAUAGUAAGUUAUAAAGGAAAAAAAAAGGAAAACAAUUCACAGAGGAAAUGGGGCGGCUUAGCAGGGAAACAGUGCAGUGAAUGUAAGUUACCAACUAAGGAGCUUUUGCUCUUAGUACUGACGGAUGAAAGUUCCAGAGCAUUAUUUGAAUUCUUCUACAUCCUGCCGAUAUCGUGUGUGUAUAUAUGUGUGUGUGUGUGUGUGUGUGUGUGUGUGACAGAGAGAGAGGAGAGAGAGCAUGCUUGUGCGUAUGUAUGUGCUUAUGUCAACAGAGAUUUUUAUGGUUUUAGUCAUUCAUAGAAUAGCUGCAGCAGAUGACUCAGCACAUCUGAACAAACGGAAGGCAGUUCACUCUGGAGUGUCUGAGAGGCAGCCAUUCCAAAUGCCUUCCUCCAUUUAACUUCAGUCCAGGGCCCUCUGAAGAGGGAGGGUAUUCACAGGCUGGUGAGAGGGCCACGGGAUUGGUACUAUGCUAAUACACCACUUGGAGGCGCUCUAUCGCCGGCCUUAAACCUGGAAGACUGAGGCAUUUUCCAGUCUGCUUGCCUAAUGAAUGUAUAGGAGCUGUUUGUCUGUGAGUAUGUCUGUCACUCAUGUAAGAUCAAAUCAACUAUUUUUAAGGGGAUGGCAUUCUUUAUACAUAAACACCUAAGAAGGGGCUGAAGUCCGAUCUUUUAAUUAGGUUAGAAUUCUGAAAAGUUGCCAGAGGAGACUUGGGGGAAUUGCUCUUCACGGUGACCUUCCAUGUCUUAAAUAUGCUGCAAAAUGUGUGAUAGAAAAGAAGAAAAAAAGGCAAACAGAAACCCACUAUGGGACAUAUAGCGAGAGAUGAAGGGGGAAAAUUGCAACCUAGGGUUUGGUGUUUGUUGACGUAGUGAAAGCCUGAUUCUGGGCAACUGUUGAAGAUUGGCUUUGGGUGGUGAAGGUCCCACUGACAACAACCUUGUUGUGGUGUUCCACGUGCCGUGGGGUAAGGUAGCUUCUGUCUGCAAUCUGGCCCAUUGUCAUGUUUCUUUUGGCAGGGAAAAUUAUAGAGGGAAUUUUGGGUACUGGGCCUAUUAUUGAAAGUCUUUUUUUUUAUUUGUUCAUCUACACUUGUUUAUGCUGUGAGCCAAACCUUAUUUAAAAAGUUGAUACUCACUUUCAAUAUUUUAUUUCAUAUUAUUAUAUUUGUCAUGAAUAGUUAUCUUGAUGUAAAUAUAAAGAUUUUUUUUGUUUCUGUAGAUAGUAAACUCUUUUUUUUAAAAAAGGAAAAGGGAAACAUUUUUAUAAAGUUAUAUUUUAAUCACCAUUUUUAUACAUUGUAUCUAUCUCCAAGCCCAGUAAGAGAGUGAUGAAUCAUUUGCACGGAGGUCUAAGGACAGCCACAUAUCUACCUAUUCUAAUUUAAAUGAUAAUCAGAUAGUUAUUUUAUGCCAAUUAAAGGAAGAUGCCACAAAGAAUGUUUUUUCCUAGGAACUUUGAACUUUUAGGUCACUUUGGGGUUCAUGUCUCCCAAAGAGAAAGACUUGCAUAACCAAUACCGAAUUUUUAUAAUUAGUAUCCAUUUCUUGCCAAUGUUUUUUGGUUAUAAUUCCUCCUUCAGUACUAUGUACGGAAGAACUUGUUCAUCAAUGAAACGAUCUUAGCUUCUAAGUUAACCUUGAUGGUGAUUUCUAAUUUUUCUUUCCUCUGAAGUCAUAGCAAAGAGUGUUUACAUUAAAAAUGCUUUUGUUUCUCAUAAAUGAAUAUUCUUCCUUUCCAAAGCAGUGAUUUUACAUUAACCUAUGGCAUUUUUCAAAUAAGGCAAACAUAAUAUAAUCGAAAGUAAACACAAUUUCAGGGCAGAUUUCCCAUUAAGUAGGAAAAUAUGAAAAAGGAUCAAAUAGAUGCAGACUCUGCUUCAAAAAUGAGAAUAAUUUCAUAUUUUUGUGUUAACACUAGGUCUUCACUAUUCAGGAUUUAUUGAGUUGUUUUCCAUUUUCUUAGUAAUGCUUUUGUGUCUCAUGUUUGCGAAAAUUACUGUGAGUCCAAUGCAUUUCCCCAGUGACAUUAACUGUUUUCCUUCCCUUGCAAAUAAGAGAAGAGGGGGAAAAAAUGUGCUCGUUUAUCUCUUGUACCUAAUUACUUAAGAAAACAAAUCUUUCCCCAUUCUCCAAAUGUCGUAUGACAAGUGUCUAAAACACAGGUGAAAGUGAGCACAAAUAUAGGUUGUGGAGCAAGUAGUGUGACAGCAAAACAGUCACGAGUCUAUAACUGUGUAUUGGCAGGUGCUGCGUCAAAGCUGGCCAGUCUGGCUGCCAGAGUAGAGGUCUUAGCAAAUGACCCAGUUGUGUUUAUUCUGUUUUAAAGUACCUGAAAUAAUGGUGGCCUAAGCACUUAGAACCUCUUCAUUCCCAAAUUGUGUUAAUCAGUCCAGGCAGAUUGAUCACCUUUUUUUCUUCAAAAAUCAGUUGCCAGGAUAUUACAGCUAAAAGUCCAUUGAAAUAAAGAAAUAGAGAUCAAGGAUGACCCUUUCAUACACAUUCAGUACAUCCCAAAGGAUGACCAGGGGCAUAAAAAGAUCUUUUCUGCUGGCUAUGUUCUCCCCCUCCUCGGUGACAGCAGUAUUACUGUGUUCACUUCCAACUCCAGAGCUUAUUCCCUGUGGUGCCAGUGUGUUUGUUGCAAUUUGCUACAUUUUUAUAUGAGCCUAUUUAUAGGUGCCAUUUAGGUAAACUCAGGUCUUUCAAAUGAAGGAAUCUGUAGCCCAUUUAGGAAAAAGGAUCAUUGUACAGACAGCCAUAAACCCAAUGGUAGGAAAACUCGGAGCUGGUGACCUUGAUGCUAGGGGUUGCUCUCUGUUAAGGAAAAGACCAGGUAUUACUAUGAGUGUCAUCACUGUCAUUUCCAGCAUGCUAUUAUAAUGUCCUUUCCAGGUAUCCAACUAAGCCAACCUUUAGGAUAUCGUUUCCUUGGUGAGAACACCACUUUAGCUUUUUCCUAACUAUAAAAUUUUAUUUGUCAUUUCUAUAAGAUUUGGUUUUCUCUCAGUAGAUGAAGAUAGUAGCACUGUACAGGGAUAGAUCUAUACUAGUCUUCAUCUGGCAAGUGAAGGAAUGUCCUCAUGUUUAAGAAAAUACUCAUUUUCUAAAAACAGAAUACCCAAUUCUAUAUGUUCCGUUUUGAUCGACUUCCAGAACAAACCCCUAAUUAUUGCAAUCCCAGUAAAACUAAAGAAAAGGGAUUGUACGAUGUGCAGACUGUUUGUAUUACAUGUAUGUAUUGUGAUUUCCUCAUGUCCCCUGCCUCUCUUGAUUUGCAAUUUCCCGACGUCCCCUGUCACGUGCCCAGAGAACUUUCUUUGAAGGUAAAAGCUGUGCAAGAGGCAUGAGACUCAGGCCUAUUCUUUGUUUAAAUGGUGGAAAAAUAUAAAUUAUUUUCUAAGUAAUAAAGAUAUGCAAAUUAUCAUUGUAAAUAAAGUCUAAAGUUUGAAAUGA